GAUUAACCUUAAAUAAUAGCGGUUUGACAGUGUUUCAGUUUUGAAGCGUUUUGUUGUUAUAAAUGGUAAAACAAAGUAUUUAUAAUGGUUGUCUGCAAGUUUUUUUUGCAAGGGACGUGUAAAUUCGGCAAUACGUGUAAAUUUGAUCACACCCUAUCAGAUCCUUAUCAUUAUGUGAACCCCAAUGCAGGGGGUGGUACCUCAAUACUUAGACAGCCAGCAGCAGCAUAUGUAAAACCUAAUCAAACCUCAGCACCAAUUGAUACAGCCACUCUCGUCAAGUCUGUUGUAAACGAGGCUAUAGCUGCUGAAAAAGGUGGACAAUGGCCUUUAACGUGUUACGCGCCUUUCAAAGAAAAACCGGCCUUUCCUGGUUUGGAGGAUACGAGUUUUGAGGAGGUCAGAUUGGGUUUUUAUGAGGCUAGAGAUAAUGGUGCUCUGGAUCAAUAUACCAGAAAAAUACAGGAGAUGUUACAGACUAGAAUGAUGCAAUUAAAAGCUUUGCAAAACCCUUCGCCUGAUAUAGUAAAAAUUUUACAAAAUAUAUACGAUACUCCCGUUAAUGGCGCCAAUAAUUUUGCUGGGAAUGCAUUUCCCUCACCAACAGCAAAUAAUACGCCUUUUGGCGGGAAUUCCAACAAGCCAUUUGUACAAACCACCAACAGUGUCUUUGGAGGUAAUAGUACAUCUGUUUUUGGAGGUUUCCCUCAAAAUUCUCAAGUGGGAGGUUCCAUAUUUCAAAAUGCAGCACCUCAACAAAGCACCUUUCAACCUCAACCCCAACAAUCGAUUUUUGGAGGUCAAACAACCUCACCUUUUGGAAGCGCGCCUCAAAGCAAUGCGUUUGGAGGUAGCCCUCAAAAUACCGCCUCAAUUUUUUCUCCCACCCCUUUCGGUCAAACUACAAACAGUAUUUUUGGAGGAAAUCAACCUCAACCGCCUCAACCUCAACAAAGUGGUAUUUUUGGGGGAAAUCAACCUCAACCGCAACCUCAACAACCAAGCGGUAUUUUCGGGGGUAAUCAAACACCUCAACAAGCAAGCGGUAUUUUUGGAGGUAAUCAAAACCCUCAAAGUACAGGUGGAAGUAUUUUUGGGGGUAAUCAACCUCAACCUCAAACACAAUCGGUUUUUGGGCAAAAUUUCGCACAAAACCAGGCUCAACUAGCACAACCUCAAAAUCCAUAUGGAGGCCCUCAAGCGUUUGUGCAACCCCCUCAAAAUCAACCCCAAGCUUUUGCUCAAAGUCCUUUGACGCAAACCACUCAAAGUGUUUUCAAGCCUGUCUUUGGUGGAACUCCAAACGUUCCAGCAAGUACUUUUGAAGUCGACGCCUCUAUUUACUCGAAAUUUGAGGAUUUAUCGCCAGAGGAGGUCGACUGGUUUAGGAGGGAAAAUUUUGAUGUUGGUUCUAUACCUGAAAAACCACCUACUUAUGAGAUGUGUCACCAAUAGACUGAAUGAUGUGUUAAAGCUGUGAAUAAAUUAUUAAAAGUAAGUGUUUAUUGUAAAAUAUUUGUUUAUUAA